AUGAAUUCUGAAGAAGAUUUUCUUUUUAAUGAAAAACAAAAAAGAGAUGGGUGUUUUUUAUGGGUCUUAGUUCAAAGUUUCUUCUCAGAAAUAUGUCAAAAAAUAUCAAAUUUAUUAUUUGGAACAAUGUUACAUGCUGAUUCUAUAGACAAUAAUAUUAUUAUCUUUGAUGAUGAAGAUAUUUUAGAUCUUAGCAAUAUCCCUAAGAAUUCUAAUAAAUUCUUAAAUUAUUUUGACCAUGAUGAGUUAAUUAAUAAAAUAAUGAAAUAUAAAGUCAAAAAUGGAUCAAAUGCAGGAUAUAGUAUUGAACAAAUUCUUCAAAGUAAAAACCUCAAUGAUUUAAUUUUUGAUUUUGAUACAUCUGAUUAUUAUGUACAUAAAAUGUAUGUUUUUAACGAAAAAAAAGAUUCUCAUAACUUAAUUUGUCAGUUAUUCCUUCGUGUAAAUGGUAAAUUUAAUGUAUCUAAUGCAAAAAAAAUAUCAACUCCAGAUUACAUGAAAGAAGCUUUUGAAGAGGGAAAUAAAUUUAUGAAAAAAAAGUUAGGAGGACAUGACUUAGAUUUAACAAUCAUUGAUUGGUUGAGGCUCCAAGACUAUAGAAUUCAACCUAAGAAAGGAAGUAUGGUCCUUCCUGGUCAAAUUCAUCCAGGACUUGGAAUUGGUCAUGAGAUUGAAGAAAUGUUAAUGGACUUCAUUCAACAAAGAGGAAGAGAUGGUCCUCUUAACACUCCAGAACAUUGGCACAAUGCUUAUAUGUAUUAUAACUCUUCUCAUUUCCAUUUCCUUAAUCCUGCAUUCGAAGGAUUUUUCAGGUCUAUUAAUGAGAGUAUUAGAAAGGAUAUUGAAAGUCAUAGACUAACAGGAGUUGCAUGGGCUAUUGCCCAAGGAAAAUUGUAUCACAGACAAACAGGUCAAAAAAUUAAAUGGGCUACAUUAGAACAAGUUUGCCCAAUUUCUCGAAAGAUGCAUAAUUACUUUGGACAAGAAUAUAUAGAUAUUGUGAUGAGAAAUUAUCAUCCAAAAGACUAUUUUAUUGAUUGGGAUGAUGAACAAACAAAAACGAAGGCGAUUACUGGCAAUGAAGAAAACAACAGUCAACUCUAUAAAGAAAGCUAG